CGUUUCCUGCCCGCGAAGCUGCAGUUCAGUCUCCACCACAAGUCUGCUUCUCGUAGCGUAGAGGGAGGCCAGGCCAGGGCAGGGCAGGGCCGGCGAGCGGGGAUGGCGGGCUCGGCCACGUACUCCGCGUCCGCUACCACCGUGGUGGCGAUGGCCAAGGGCAACGGCAACAGCAAGGGCGUCAGAGGCGGCGGCUCCGCGGGCACCAACAAGGUGACGCGGCCUCCUAGGAUUACAUCUAAUGUUAAGCAGAACUUGAGGAUUCUGAAAUUUUGGAAGGAAUUUGAAAGGAGGCAAACAAGUGGACCUCAGCCUGCUACUAGGUACCGUAAAAAGAAAGUGAUAAAAGAAGUGCUUCCUGAUGACACAGACUUCUACGAGGACGCUUCUUCCACUCUUCACUUGACAAAUGAGGGUUUGGAAAUUGCUUCACCAGUUAUUCUUGUGGAUGGCUACAAUGUAUGUGGCUACUGGGGAAAGCUUAAGAAGGAUUUCAUGAAUGGGAGACAAGAAAUUGCUAGACAAACGCUCAUUGAUGAGCUGGUAUCUUUCAGUGCAGUAAGAGAGGUAAAAGUUGUGGUGGUAUUUGAUGCUGCCAACUCAGGGCUUUCCACACAUAAGGAAACAUAUAAAGGGGUCGAUGUUGUAUAUUCUGCUGAUUUAUCUGCUGAUUCUUGGAUUGAGAAGGAGGUCGAAGCUUUGGUGGCUGAUGGCUGCCCGAAAGUGUGGGUAGUAACAUCUGAUGCACUGGAGCAACAGUUAGCACAUGGAGAAGGUGCUCUUAUCUGGAGCUCUAAAAGAUUGGUCAAAGAGUUAAAGGAAUCGGAAAAGGAACUCGAUCUAGAGCUGAAGGAAACCAGGUCGACGUCGUUGCAAGGAAAACUCCUGCAGCACAAGCUGAACCCAAAAGUAGUACACGCACUAAAAGGUCUUAGGAAUAAGCUCGAAGAACAAGAGCGGCGAAAGAAAUGACCACUAACUACUGGACCAUGGUUGACAACUGAAGAGGAAGAGAGCAGGUGUACAUAAGUGUGUGUGCGCGUGGACAUCAACUAACACUGGAGACUGGAUCCACUGACAGCGGAGAGAAGAAUUAAGUUCGAUGCAAGCACAAAGACCACUACAAGAAGUCGGAGAAGAGCAUCAGGAGUAUGCUAACAUCAUGUAAAUGAACUUGGUUUCCUUUUGGAUGCAGUCAUUUUUAUGUAGACACCGUCAGAGGCCUGUGCAAAUUAAAACCACGCAUGGUAUUGAUGCACCUUGUUGUUGGUAGCUGCUGACGUUCUGAGGCAUGUGGGCAGGUCCUAGGGAGUAGGGACAGAUAGAGAUGGAUUGCAAAUCCCAAUCACUGAAUCCUUGUAUAUUAUUACCUUUUAUUUUUUUAUGUACAUUGUUAUUGUCAUAACAGUCAAAUCCUUCCUGUACUGGUUCACCGCACCACAAACUAACAGUGGCAGGUCCAAUUCAAUUCAA